CAAUGCCGGUAAUCAAUCAUAAUCAUAUCAUACCCAGAUAGAGCUAAUCGUACGCAACCUUACUCUGUAUGACUCUUCCUCUACCCAUAAUAUAAAUCAACAGCGUCCUUGGUGGCGUCUGGAAACGCCUCUAAAACAACAACUAUAAGCCCAAUUUUUAUUCAGUCUUCGUUCUCUCUCAUAUAUAAGAUCUGGCACCUCCGUACAUUUUCCCACGUCGGAUUUGUCAAUCGGAUGAUUGAUCUUUGAAGGCUUUCAAGAAGGAUAACACUUUUCAAAAUCCCAUUUCAAAGUCCUAAUUCAAACUUGAUAGUCAAAGUCAUCAUCCAAUCUGACAAUCUGACAAUCAAAGAACUCAUUAACUUGUGUCUUCUUAGUCGGGUUUUCCGCUGGAUCGCAAAGCAUAUCAAAGCAAUCGUCUUAUCAGAAAAAAGACAUCGAUUGAAACCCCAUCAAUCCGGGUUUGAGAAGUACUACACCAACUUCGUCGGCCAUCAAUCUCCCAUAAAAUAACCAUUUUAAGUCUUGUGCUCUACCACUUACCUCAUUACCUCAAUCCCAUUUGAACUAUGAACCCGGUUCCACAAAGCGCGUCAUCGCCCGGCGGAAAGUCUCUCAAUACCGCAUCAUCACAUACACCCAUUCAACAACAGCAAAGUCAGACUACACCUCCAACUUUUGACUCAAACACAAGACGUUUUACUAGUCAUUCAAGUGGGAUACCCGCGGCUGCUAGAAACAAUCAAAAUCAACGGAAGCAACAUAGAAAUUCCAAGAAACCGAGGCUCACGGAUGAGGAUGCCAUGGCGGAAUCCGUAAGUUUUCAUCAUUUCGCAUUUUCAAUCUACAAGUACAUUGCACACAAUCAGGCAUCCGCAUUCCAUAAGCAGGUUACAGUCAACGGUAGUACUAAUGUUACUAGACGGCCAUGAGAAAUGCAAAUAGUCGAAGAGGUCAAACCUCAAUCACACAUCUCAUGAGCUUCGCUCUUCCACCUAGGCCACAAGACUACCGCAACACCAUCACAAGAGGAACAAGACGUGGAAAUAUAUAUGGAAUCGGGUCUGGUCAUCAUUCAAGUGACAAGGCGAGAUAUAUUCACGCAAACUAUCGAUUUAUAGUCAGGCCAUAUGGGGAUUACAAGCAACAAGCUCUAUUUGCGGACCAGCAUUUGGACUGGAGCGAUGUUCUACAAAUCCUCGCAUCGGGCGAAUCACAAGACGCAUCAUGUCCAAUUUGCCUCUCACAUCCUGUAGCCCCUCGAAUGGCAAAAUGCGGACAUAUAUUUUGUCUACCAUGUCUCAUCCGUUAUAUGCACUCCACCGACGAUACGAACCCUAUCCCGGAGAAAAAAGCUCGAUGGAAGGCAUGUCCAAUUUGUUGGGAUACUAUCUACAAUUCAGAAACUAGACCCGUUAGAUGGUAUAUUGGGCAAGAAGGGCCGGCCCCUCGUGAAGGAGAAGACGUUGUUUUACGAUUAGUUAUGCGACAACCCGGAAGCACUUUAGCACUCCCAAGAGAUGGUGCGGAUGUACUCGAUAAGUCGGAAGAUAUUCCAUGGUAUUUCGCUGCCGAAGUUAUGGAUUAUGCUCGAAUCAUGAAGGGAAGUGAAGAAUACAUGUUGGAACAAUUUGAUUCAGAAAUUGAAGCAUUGAAGCAACAAGAGAAUGAGGAUGAAUUGAUGUUUGGAGAGGAGCCGGAGUGGACUCGAAAAGCUGUCAGUUCCGUGCUCGAUGCCAAGGAAAAAAUCAAAGGUAUCGGUGGACCACCGCCUCCACCAAGCCAGCCGAUGGAGAAGAAACCUAAGAGGCAACACAUACAAUUCAACGUCGUUGAUGACAACACACCUGAGAUGUACUUUGUCCAGCAUGUUGCAAAAUCAGGCCUGGAUGUUUAUGCUUCAACGCUAUCUCCAUCAGCUGUCCCUUUCCAAUUGGAUCCGGUGGUGACCGCCACACUACCAACUCCGUCUAAUCUUAUUCCAACCGCGAACCCUUCACAAUUACGUUCAAAGAAUGUCCAUCAAAACGAGGGACACUCACCGGAUUCCCCAUACUUUUUCUACCAAUCUCUCCUUCAUUAUUACCUCGCGCCCCUUGAUAUUAGGAUUCUGAAAUCCGCUUUCGGCAAUUUUGCCUCGUUUCCUUCAACAUUACUUCCCCGCGUUGAACGAGUCUCCACUCAUGUAAUGGAUGAUGAAUUAAGAAAAAGAACCAAAUAUCUGGCGCACUUGCCAUUUGGUUGCGAAGUAGGUUUUUUGGAAUGCAAUUGGACUGAUGUUGUUCAACCGGAAAUUUUGAAUCAGUUUAAAGAGGAUAUUGAGCGACGAAGGAAACGUAACAGGGACAAGGAGAUUCGAGAAGAGAAGGACAGGCAGCGUGCUGAGAAGGCAGAGGAUAAUGCACGUUGGGCCCAUGCUAGGCAAAGGCAACCCGAGACAUCCCCGGGAAGCUAUUCUGAUACGGAUUAUGCCCAACUUGCCUCGACGUCUAUUGACCCGAUCAAUGCAUCGCCUCCAUGGACCUCGCGUCAAGGGUCUUCUUUCGGAGCACUGGCUUCACCGUCUACCAGUCCGCCUGCGCCAAGAACUGUUUGGGGCACAACUUUGGUAACACCAUCUUCGCCCGAUCUUCGUCCUGGACAUGAUAACAAUGCGGAUGAUGGUUGGCUGGCGACUUGGGAACAAGAACUCCAAGCAGAAAAUGAUGCACUGGUCGCUCAAGUGCAAGCGGUGUCCUUGAACGGGGAAAGUAGUUCAAGUGCUACUCCUCAACCUCAGGGAAAGAGGAAAAAGGGGAAGAAAAUUACAUUAAUGAGUACCACAGCUAGAAGAGCUGCAUGAUUAUCUGCGAAGAAUUGAAACCGGAGCGUGUACUUUUCGAGGAAUUCGGCGUUCAUGGUGAUAUCACUACAGAAACAAAAUGCAAUAUAUUCAUUUUCAAUGU